CUAUUCGUUGUCAGCUUCGUCGCUGAGAAUCUUCCGAGUUUACGGUCCUCGUACGCCCGUAUAAAUUAGCCAUUCCGUUUCCUUCUCUUUCUCCUCUGUUUCUGAGUGUGUGUGUGUGAGAGAGAGAGAGAGGGGAGGCAUGGAAGGCGAUGUUCAGUCCGGAGACACGAGGCCUCGGCUGAGGUGGACGCCCGACCUCCAUGGCCGCUUCGUCGACGCCGUCGCCAAGCUCGGUGGAGCAGACAAAGCAACGCCGAAAUCUGUGCUUAGAUUGAUGGGCAUCAAGGGGUUGACGUUGUACCAUCUCAAAAGCCACCUGCAGAAAUACAGACUGGGAAGACAAUCUCGAGGAGAGCAGGCAGGGAUCGAAAUCAACAAGGGAAGCAAGAACUCAACUUGGAGCAAUAACUGCUCUUCCGACGCAUGCAGCAGCGUUUCUGGACGAGAAGACGUCGGGUAUACAAAUUUGAUCACAGAUGUUUCUUCAACUUUUUGGCUAUGUAAUUUGACUCUUUCGAACUGUAAUAGAGACAUGAGAAUCACCGAGGCAUUACGGUACCAAUUGGAUGUUCAAAGAAGGCUGAACGAUCAACUUGAGGUACAAAAGAAACUGCAGUCGAGAAUUGAAGCUCAAGGCAGAUACUUGCAAGCAUUACUAGAGAAAGCCCUCACCACCAUCUCGUUGGAUAUGAAAGCCACUGCUGGUUUAGAAGCCAUCAUCGCCUCUUCUCAGUCCCAGCUCCAAGCGGACCACGAGCUGAAUCCAAAAUUAGGCGAUGGAGGAGGAUUCGAGAGGAGGGUUUCGGGUUUCCAGCUCUACCGGGAGGGGCAGCGGGAGGAAGUUGGAGAGGCGAAGCCGCUGGACCUGAAUGCGAAAGGAGGAAGCGGCUGCGAACUGUUUGGUGGAGGAAGAGGAAGCGAUUUAACUCUGCAAAUUUGAAGAGAAAACAAUUGAUCGAUCGAUCGAUCGAUCGUAUUGUCUAAGUUAAGAAGUCGGAUUAAAUAUAUAGUUGUUUUUUCUUGCACGAGAAAAGAAAUUUGAAAGUAUUUGCAUUUGUAAGCAUUUUCGAUAGCCGUUCCACGUUUGCUUCA